CGAGAGGUCAUCUGUUAUCGCACGUACAGUCACAGUCAGUCGUAGUGAAUGUUCUAUAUAUUUUAGCCCCGGCGAAAUCACAGCCGGCUACGGAGGUUUGUUUGCAAGCUUCAGUUUGCCUCCACCGCCGCCAUGACGAAGGACAAGUCCCAGCACUUCUGCAGCACCGUCAAAUGUCAGUGCUUGGUGUUCCUGCUGACGGCGGGGUGUAUCGCCGCCGCUGUGUGUGUAGCCCUGCUGUCGACGGCGGUGAGGGGGCGCAUGCCGCCGGACAUGGAAUGGUGGCAGACGACGAUAAUCUAUCAGAUCUACCCGCGUUCCUUCAUGGAUUCUAACAACGACGGGAUCGGUGACCUAAAAGGCAUCGUCAGCAAGUUGGACCAUUUCACUUAUCUCAAUGUCAAGGCCAUCUGGAUCAGUCCCAUCUAUGAAUCCCCCAUGAAAGACUUCGGCUACGACAUCAGCAACUUCGUCGACGUCGCCCCCAUCUUCGGCAACCUCACGGACAUGCAAAACCUCACGGGAGAGGCCCACAAGAGAGGUUUGAAGGUCAUCCUCGACUUCGUCCCCAACCACUCCAGCAACUGUCACACGUGGUUCAACGAGAGCGUGAAGGGAACCGCCAAAUAUAAAGACUACUACAUCUGGAGCGACGGGACAACCGAUUCUAAUGGAACCCACUUGCCCCCGAACAACUGGCUCUCCGUGUUCAAGAACUCCGCCUGGGAGUGGAAUGAUGAGAGGAAACAGUAUUACUAUCACGCCUUUCUGAAGGAGCAGCCCGAUCUCAACUACAGAAACCCAGCCGUGGUGGAAGAAAUGGAGAACGUCUUGCGGUUCUGGCUGGAACGAGGCGUUGAUGGGUUCAGAGUUGACGCUAUACCUUUCCUGUUUGAAGUGACCAACACCUCCUGGAACGAACCUCGGAGCAACAGAACAGACGUAGACCCUACACAGUUUGACUACCUCCUUCACCCGUACACCGAGAACUUAAUGGAUGACAUGACCAAGGUGUUGGCUGGCUGGAGAGCCGUGCUAGACGAAUACCAGAACUUGGACGACAAGCCGAGGUUCCUGGUUGUGGAGGCGUACACCAGGACGGCGGCGGAGAGGGAAGCCUAUUACAGGACGGCGGCAGACAUGCCCUUCUACUUCGGCCUCCUCAACAUCAACAAGGACUGCGGGGGCUCCUGCAUCCGCGACAUCGUCGAUGAUGAAUAUAAAGGCCUGCCUGAUAACGCAUGGCCAAACUUUGUUCUAGGUAACCAUGACAACCGGCGUAUCUCAACGAAGAAGGGUCCCGAGUUUAUCAAUGCCUUCAACAUGUUGUUGCUGACGUUGAAGGGGACUCCGACCACGUAUUACGGCGAGGAGAUCGGAAUGCUGGACAUAAUACCCACCUACAACCAAUCAGUCGACCCACAGGGCAAGGCGUACAACGAGUCGUUGUUCUUGAAUUAUUCCCGUGACCCCGAGCGCUCCCCCAUGCAAUGGAGUGACGACGAAAUGGCCGGUUUCACCAACUCUACGACAUCGUGGCUGCCUGUUGGCAACAACUCCGACACCAUUAACGUUGAGACUGAGAAAAACACGACGGGCUUCAGCACUAUCAAACUGUACCGCACCCUGGCUAUACUGCGUGAAGAUCCUCCCUUCAGAUACGGGCUGUUUAAAACCGCCGUGGUCAACAACAACACCUACUCCUACGUACGACACGCCGUGGACUUCCCUCAAUACCUCGUCGCCAUCAACUUCGGCAAAAACACCGACACCAGCGACUACAGUCAAGCCCCGGUGAACGCUGAGAAGGGCGUGGUUGUCGCCAAUACCGGCAACGUCAACGCGACGUACAACGUCAACAGCACCGUUGAUCUAUCUCGAAUCACACUCCACUCUGCUCAAGGACUUGUGAUAAAAAUCACAAACAAAUAACGAAAUCCUGAUUCGUUUGAUCAUGUCGUUAGUUAGUGUUUGUAGUCAGAAGUCAAACUUAUAUCAUGCAAUAUCGGUUUCUUGAAGUACGUUGCUAUAUAUACAUACAUGUAUAUAUGUACACAACUUUUGCAUGCAUUGUCCAUACACUGAGUAUAUGUCCUGAUGUAAAGUGUUUUGAAACUUUGAUAAUAAUGCAAUUACCCUGACCAUGUUAAGCAUUUGGCGCGGAAUGACUGCAUGAAACCAUGGAACGUUUGUGACUUUACAACAGAAUGGUGUCACAUAUUCGAAUACAUCUUGGGAAAUGACAUGCCAUUAGUAUCGGUAAUACCUCUGAUUCAACAUGUCAGUGGAUUAUUUUCGAAUAGAAAUAAUGAACCGGACAAUUUAUUGAAAACAAAGAAAACAUUCAUUUGAAAAUUGAACAA